AUGUUUCCCGUGUUACUUUCCCAUCUCGUUCUUCCUUUCUUUCUUUCUUUCUUUCUUUCUUUCUUUCUUUGCGAUGUUGAUUUUUUUAAAUUUCUUUCUUCUCUUCUAUCUCCCCUCUUUUUCGUUCCUAUUUCUUUCCUGUCGCUUUCUUUUUUUCCUUCGUUUUUCUUUCUUUAUAUUCCUAUUUUUCCUUUCCUUUUUUUCUACUUCCUACUAUUUUUCCUUUACUGUCUUUCUUUCUUUCUGUUUUUUAUUUGUUUUUAUUCUUUCUAUAAUUCAUUCUUUUUUCUCCUAUUUCCAAAAGUGAUUACUUUCAUUCAUUCGUUGAAAUCAUAUUUUUUUUUUCUUUCUUUCUUUCUUUCUUUCUUUCUUUCUUUCUUUCUUUCUUUUAUUUCAUAUUUUCUCUCUUUUUUAACUCCUAUUUUCUUUUCCCAUCGGUUCCCCCUUCUUUACAUCCAAAAGGAUAUUUUAUUUCUUACUAACCUUCUGUUCUUCAUUUACAAUUUCCUACAUUUUCUUUAUAUUUUUCUAUGUAUUUAUCUAUAA